CGUACAGCAUAAGUCACCAAGUACAUCAUCCAGUUGUUGCUCAUGCGCCACUGAUCAGCCAUGCACCGCUUCUCAGUCACGCACCAUUGCUCAGCUAUCACCAUUAUCGUCGCUAAAUGUUGCGCUGAUUGUCCUGUUCCUAAUGGUAUCUACUGUCAGCGGCGAAGUAAGCAAAACGACAUCGAAAACGAAACGAAGUUUCGGAUAUGGAGCAUUUGACGGUGGUGGGUUCCAUGGUGAUCACAGUUACGAUAAUAAUUACUUCAGUGAUCCAUUCACAUCGCAUGAUGGUUACUAUGAACACGUACCUCAUGGCCAUCACCAUCAGCACACCCAUUCUCAUACUUUAGUCACUAAGAAAUUCGGGUUUCCAAUACCCCAACCAUAUCCAGUACCUUACCCAGUCAAGGUGCCAGUUGAACGACCUGUUCCCGUUCCAGUUCCAAUUCAUCAUCAUCAUCCGGUUAGUGUUCCUAUUAUCAAACCAUACCCAGUUCCUGUAAGAGUUCCCGUUCCAAUCGUUAUCCCCAAGCCAUAUCCUGUACCAGUAUUCCCGAAGCCACAUUUCCAUCAUGAUCACCACAAUCAUCAUAAUCAUCACAACUUUGCUUUAUGGAGUGGGGGAAUGGGAAUCGGCGGUGGAUAUGGUCAUGGACACUGGUGAAUUCAUGUUGUGACGUUGCUGCGGUUAAUGGGAUUUUAGUUGUGUUUAGAAUUGAAAAUUGCGUGACAAUAAAUCUGCUUGCUGUUUGA